AUGGCAGCUCUUGUUCUGCCCCCCUCUUGUGCUCAGUCUACCAUAUACCCAGCCUCUCAUUACAAAGGAGCCACAGACGAGGAAAGACUGGUUAAUGGGUUCCUCACAAGCUGGUUACAGGACUUGGUGACCUUUGAAGAUGUGGCUGUGGAGUUCACCCAGGAGGAGUGGGCAUUGUUGGACCCUUCUCAGAGGAAACUGUACAGAGAUGUGAUGCUGGAGAACAGCAGAAACUUGGCAUCACUUGGGAAUCAAGUUGGUAAACCCAGUUUGAAAGCCCAGUUGGAGCAGGAAGACAAGGUGAUGACAGAAAAGAGGAGGAUUCUCCCAGGUUCCUGUCUAGAUUUGGAGACUGUACCGAAAGACAAAGAGCUAAUUUCUAAGCAGCCUAUGUUUAAAAAAGACCAAUCUGAACGAGUGAAAACGGAGAGAAAUCAUCUUGGAGUGAAGCUCAAUGAAUGUACUCAGUGUUUUAAAGUCUUCAGCACAAAGUCCAACCUUACUCAGCACAAGAGAAUCCACACUGGAGAAAAGCCCUAUGACUGUAGCCAAUGUGGGAAAUUCUUCAGCAGUAGCUCUUACCUUACCGUUCACAAGAGGAUACAUAAUGGGGAGAAGCCCUAUGAAUGCAAUGACUGUGGGAAAGCCUUCAGUAACCCAUCAUCCCUUAGAUUGCACGUAAGAAUUCACACAGGUGAAAAACCCUACGAAUGCAAUCAGUGUUUUCAUGUUUUCCGUACUAGAUGUAGCCUCAAAACACACAGGAGAGUUCAUACUGGGGAGAAUCAUUAUCAGUGUAAACAGUGUGGAAAGGCCUUCAGCACGCGCUCCUCCCUUACUGUGCACAAUAGAAUCCAUACAGGCGAGAAGCCUUAUGAAUGCCACGACUGUGGAAAAACCUUCAGGAAGCGCUCACAUCUAACACAGCAUAUAAGAACUCAUACUGGAGAAAAGCCGUAUGAAUGUAAUCAGUGUGGGAAAUCCUUCAGCAGUAGCUUUUCUCUUACUGUACACAAGAGGAUACAUAAUGGAGAGAAACCCUAUGAAUGCAAUGACUGUGGGAAAGCAUUUAAUAACCUCUCUUCUGUUAAGAAACACACGAGAACUCACACAGGAGAAAAACCAUAUGGAUGUAACCAAUGUGGAAAAGCCUUUAGUAGUAACUCCUACCUUUCUGUGCAUAAGAGGAUACAUGAUCGGUAG